CUUAUCAUUCCCUCACUGGCUAAGUCCAGUUUAAUUGAGGAAAUCUCCAAAAGUUACUUGAGGACCGUCGCCACAAUAGUGCAGCUAUUUUUCAUCCUCUCCCAAUUUGUCUUUUUUUCCCGCGAACAUGAGUGAACAGGCCAAAACAGAGCUGUCAUGUGGGGCGUAUGGCAGCGGUGGCCCCUGGUACCCCCUGAGAAAAUGGUGGCCGUCCAGCCGGCUUUUCAAUCAGGACGUUGGCCUGCCGCCUUUCCUGGAGCCGGGGGACCCUUGGUGGAUGAAUGUGGACUGGCUCCAGAGGAGUUUGGCAGCCUCUGCUUGGCCGGCGUACGCAGCCGCUCCACUGUUUGUGCCUUACAUCUCUGGGUCGAUGCAUCAUCCCGGCCAGAAGAUUAGCCAGGAGCAGUGCACGUGGAGGGUCGGCCUGGACCUGGCUCACUUCUCCCCCACCGAGAUUUCUCUCAGCGUCAAAGAUGGAUUCCUGGAGGUUGGAGGGAGACACGAGGAGCGGCGAGACGAGCAUGGAUUUAUUGCCAGAUGUUUUACACGGAAAUACAGGCUCCCGGCUGAAAUUGAUGCAACUAAAAUCACGUCCACACUUUCUGUGGACGGUAUCCUGACGGUGGAGGCUCCGGUCCCUGAAACCUCUGUUCCUGCUGCCAUUAUCAUCCCUAUAAAGGUGGAGGUGGAGGUGGCAGCUACCGGAGAGGAGGAGGAAAAACACGAGGAGGAAGAAACCCCUGAAACAGAGCCAGACAGCAGCAGAGAGCCAGAGGCCCCAGAGGUUCAGUCUGCGGAGGAUCCUGUGGAGGAGGGUUCUGCAGCAGAGGUCCACGUUGACCAGGCCGACCCUGGCAGUGCCACAGCAGAGCCUCAGCAGGACGACGAGAGGGAACAGGAGGACACCCAUGAAAAGCCAGCUGGAGAGUCCAACCCUUCAGUGUCAGCAGAUGGCAACGGCACAGAGAGUCUUCAAGAUUCCUCUAAGCAGGAUGAAGCCAUGGGACACCAGGAAAUCCCUGAUACAGACGCGUCCAAACAGCCGGAACACAAAGAACCAGCCGUGGGUGGAGAGAUCCAGGUAAUGUCGGGCUCAGCAGAGGAGAUCACCCAGCCCGAGGAGCUGGAGCCGGGCAAAAGUCCACUGAGCGAGGUCCCGAGCCAGGAGCUGGAGGCUCCCGACACAAAACAAGAGCAGACCGAGUAGACACACACAACAGAGCAUCGCUGAAAUGCUGCACACUAACACAACACUAACACAACACUGACACAGCCUGCACUGCUCGCCUGCAGCAUCAGGUCUGAGGAUGCCUUUUAUUCAAAACAGCCAAAUAACUGCCGUCUUUGGAGCUCCAAUAAAGCAACAGCAUGUGAAAAUGA